AUGCCAGGCAAUAAUUCUUAGCUAGUAAGGAAAGUUAUUUUAGCAACUGAAAGAUCUUAGUACUGGCAAGAACAUCCAAAUAUUACUUAGGGUCAUUUUCAAUUUAGAUGGGCACCUAGGGACAUAAUGAAAUUUAUAAAAAGCAUGAGCUCUUUAAAAAUUUGGAAAAUCACUUAGAGAUAAACAUGGAAAAACCAAUGUACAGCCUAAAAUAGCAGCAUCUAUAAUGGAGGAAUUUAAGACAAAUUCGAUAGUGAAAUCACUGAUCCCAUUCAAUUGGCUAGCUAUUAGAAUAGAAUAUAGCAGAAUUUAGUCACAUUUAUUUCAAAGACAAAAGAUGUUUACAAGCAAGGUACAUAUUUCAAUUUUCAAUCAUUGGAUAGUUAUUCUAGCAACCAUCAACUGCACAAAGAUUAGAAUUGUCACAAAAAUCUGAUCAUAUUUUGCCAUUAUGUCAUUUUAAAGGCAAAAAUGUAUGGAUUCUUAAGCCAACAAGUUUAAAUAGAGGAAAAGGAAUUCAUAGGACCUCUAUUAAAGCAUAACAGUUUUAUCAUUCAGAAAUAUAUUGAAGAUCCUUUCCUCAUCAACAAACGGAAAUUUGAUAUCAGAGUUUGGGUUUUAAUUACCUAGGAAUAGGAAGUUUAUUUCUUCAGGAGAUAUAUAACUGAUAACAAACUUGAAUGCGAUUUUGAUUAAGAUAUCUUACCUAAGAUGAAAUAUUAUGCUGCCUUGUCCAUUGAAUCUGCAAAACGAAAAUUAAACUCUAGCAAGAGAAGAUAAUGUUUUGAAAUAUUUGGAUAUGAUUAUAUUAUCGACAAAGAUUUCAAUGUUUGGCUUAUUGAAGCUAAUACUAAUCCUUGCAUUGAAGAAAGUUCAUCAAUUCUAAAAGUCUUGAUUCCAAGAAUGUUAAAUGAUGCUCUGAAGCUUACAAUCGAUUAAGUGUUUCCAACACUUAAUAAAAAUCUAGAUGAUCAAGUUACUUCUAACGGUCUUGAAUUGAGAACAGAGAGCUUAAAGCAGAAAAUAGUUCAUUAGAGUAUUGACAUGAAUAAUUUAGGACAUAUCGAUGGAAUUAAUAAUUAUGACAUUAAGAAUUUGAUAUAAAGUAAAAAGUAGUUGAAGAAACAGCAGGUAUCAAAUGGAUAGAUUGAUAUUAACAGAAAAUUCGAGACUUUUAGUGUGCCUGGAUAUCCUGAUCAAAUAAAUAUGUGGUAAAUUUCAAUGCAUAAAACUAGUUUUAUAUAGGGAGAAGAUAUCUUCAAUAAAGUAGAUUGGUAAUGA